GGCGCUGCGUUUUCUUCUUUGCAGUUGAAAGGCGGAAGUCGGGUGUAAGCCACGGCAUCAGCUUGGCUUACUUUUGUUUUUAGCAACCUGCGCAUCCGAACUUUUACAGUUCGUUAGUAACUAUAGGUGUUAACCAUGGCGGGCACAGCUUUGAAAAGAUUAAUGGCAGAAUAUAAGCAACUGACUCUAAACCCCCCUGAGGGAAUUGUUGCGGGCCCAGUAAACGAGGAGAAUUUCUUUGAGUGGGAAGCUUUAAUCAUGGGUCCAGAAGAUACGUGCUUCGAAGGGGGCGUGUUUCCUGCCAUCCUCAGCUUCCCUUCGGACUACCCUCUCAGCCCCCCCAAGAUGAAGUUCACCUGUGACAUGUUCCACCCUAACAUCUACCCAGACGGGCGCGUGUGCAUCUCCAUCCUGCACGCUCCUGGUGACGACCCCAUGGGCUAUGAGAGCAGCGCGGAGCGGUGGAGUCCCGUCCAGAGUGUGGAGAAGAUCCUGCUCUCAGUGGUCAGCAUGCUGGCAGAGCCCAACGAUGAGAGCGGAGCGAACGUGGACGCGUCAAAGAUGUGGCGCGAAGACCGCGAGCAGUUCUACCGGCUGGCCAAGCAGAUUGUGCGCAAAUCCCUCGGCUUGUAAAACGAUCCUUUCCGUCCCCUUUCUCUCCAUCCUCUUCUUUUUUGCCUCCCCCCCCCCCCCCCUGCCAGAUAGUAACACCACAACUCCCCCACCCGCCGACGCCGCAUAGGGAGGUCCAGUGAGGACAGACGUCAGGCAUGAAGGAAACAAACAAAGAGACUUCCUGUAGAAGAUUGAAAGGCAAAGACACUUAGUCCCUCAACAUGGCUGCCGUGAUGAUCCUCCCCUACCUCUAUGGAACAGUGCACUUUACAUAAAUGCUUUUAUUUAGUUUGAGUUUUUUUUUGUGGAGUUUUUUGUUUUGUUCUUUUCUGGUCGCCAAACAUCUCUCAUGGUUACUUCUUCUCACAGACAUGAAAAAAUAGUCUUAUCUUUUCUGGCUGUGAGAGAACAUGUGUCAUUAGUCCACACGUGACACACUUGAUGCAGAGCGAAAUAUGUGUGGAGACACCUUUGGGGGGAGGGGGGAGUUUGUAGGACUGGUGCUUGGGAGUGGACAGCGUUUGGGGGGAGGGGGGGGGGGGGGGUUGAUGGGGUGUGGGUCAGAUAUAUGUGGGGGUUUAGGGGUGGGUAAAAACACUGCCUGUGAGUGACUUGCUGCAUGCCAUGCCAUGCUAUGGUGUGUGUGAGUGAGAGAGAGAGAGAGUAUGUGCUGCUUGUGUGUGUGUGUGUGUGUGUGUGGGCGAGUUAUUUUUCCGGGGUGUAGAUGCAGUUUCGUUUACACACCAAACCGAUUAGGGUUAUUUGAUCAGAAAGCUUCUCGAUCAACCAGUGUGGGCCAACCCAGCUAACAGGAGUCAAAAUGGCAUCUGAUCAGAUUCACACAUUCGGGGCUGCAUUUGCCAAAAGCCUUUUUGUGCUGUGCCCACGUAACUCAAAGAGAGAAUGUAUAAAAUGACAGAGACUAUCAGUUUAUGAUGCUGGUAACACAACAAAAUGUCUGCUAUACACAACCCAGGACCUUUCUGGAAGUAGAAUAAAGCUGGUGAUUGGACAGUCACUCAAGCGCCGAGUUUAGGCGAGGAGUCAAAGGAGAGGAAGUGACUGGAGCACAAGAGGAAUGCAGGAACUUCCGUCUGCCCUAUGUGUCUUUCAUAGCCUGUAUUCAUUUCAACAGUAUUCUUUACCAAUAUUGUUACAAGCUGACACCCCAGUCCCAUUGUUUAAAUGAAGCCCUGUGUCUUUGGGGAUCAUUUUAUAGGAUGAUUCAAAUUCACUUUGAAGUUCUCAAUCUGAAAUGGAUGGGCUGGUCAAUCGGGAAAUGAAUAGGUUGGUUUUUCAAACUACUAAUGAUAACACUAAGGUCUGAGUAUACCCUGUGAUUGUCAGAGAUGCCUUCAUGUUUUAUUCUGACUUCCAGUUGUACUUCCUGGGUCAAAGGUAAUCUAACCCCAUUUUUUCAGACGAGAGAAAGGGAGGAAUCAGACGUAUCUGGGGUGACACUCCAGAGUUGAUGCAAACAUUGCAGACAAGAAAAUCUUGAUUUUGUGUGUCUAUAUUUUGGCAUGUGAUACAGGAAUAUUAAGUAUAAAAUAAAGUCCUGUUUGUGUUGGAGAGUAAAA